CCCAGCCUUUGCGCGGCGGCUGGGGUGGCUGUGGGGAUCGGCGGGUGGGAAUGCACAAGCAGCGCGGUGGGACGGGGCGAAAGCUGAGCUCUGCGGGGCGCCGCUCUCGUUACGUGCGUUAAUGACCUCCUCACUGCGCUGGCUGACACAGCCCAGCAGCUGCCUGCAGCCGCUCGGCGACGCAGGGCUGACAUUUGCAAACACUCGGAUGCGCCAGGAUCUCGGGAGCGGAGCCCUGGUGAAUCACCCACCGCGCUCCGCCGGGAGCACCAGGCUGGAGCAGGAUGGAUGAGAACAAACCCCUGAAGGUCCGGCUGACGUUCUCUGUGAUCCUGGUGGGCGUCUCGCUCCUGUUUGCAGCCGUAGUGACUGACCACUGGGCCGUGCUGAGCCCCAGAGUGGAGGAAUACAAUGCCACCUGUGAAGCGGCUCAUUUCGGGCUUUGGCGGCUCUGUACAAAGCGGAUUUUUAUGCAGGAGCAAGGUCCCAAAGAGAAGGGCUGCGGGCCCAUAAGCCUGCCAGGAGAACACAACUGCUCCUACUUCAAGCACUUCACUCCCGGACAGAGCUCGGAGAUAUUUGAAGUCACCACCCAGAAAGAAUACAGCAUUUCAGCUGCAGCCAUUGCCAUCUUCAGCGUUGGCUUUGCGAUCAUCGGGACAAUCUGCGUCCUCUUAUCCUUCAGGAAGAAGAGGGACUACCUGCUGAAGCCAGCGUCCAUGUUCUACACCUUCGCAGGUCUCUGCAUCAUCAUCUCGGUCGAAGUCAUGAGGCAAUCCGUGAAGAGGAUGAUCGACAGCGAGGAGACAGUCUGGAUCGAGUACAGUUACUCCUGGUCCUUCGCCUGUGCCUGCGCCUCCUUCGUCCUGCUCUUCAUCUGCGGCAUAGCCCUCCUCCUGAUCGCGCUGCCUCGCUUCCCCCAGAACCCCUGGGAGACGUGCAUGGAUGCAGAACCCGAGCACUGAUGUUCCCAGCACCCAGGAAAAAAACCAGAAAGUGUUCUGAAAAGAUUUGCCUUUUUUAAAAUGUCUGGGUCUCACUGUACAACGUGCCUUCAAUUACCUAAGUCAAUACUGAACCAAGGCAUGUUCAAUUGUAAUUAUUGCUUUGUUUCUUUUUUUUUUCUUUUUUUUUCCCGCCUUCUCUUUUUUAUUAUUUUUUUUUAAGAAAUCAGAAAGAGCAUUCAGCACCAGUGUGGUCGUGGGUAAGUGGCCCUGCUCAGUGCCAGUUUGGGGAUGCCUCGUGCUGAUGCAUUUAGGGGGGAAAAAAUAAUAUCUGUGUGUGAGACAGCUCAUGCCACAGAGGAGACAGCUUUCUUAGGGAGGAGAUGUUUGGUGUAGUGGUGCAGAUCCAUGAGGGAUGCUGGGCUUUUACACCUCACCUGGUCAGAGAGAGCCAGCAAGAAAUUCCAGCUCCAUUUCCUCAUUUGUGCUGUAAUCCUUCCUAAGAAGGGCUGGCUUACCACUCUGAAAUAAGUUGGAGAUCCUUAUGCAAUUCCAUUAAAGUGUUAAAAUUUGGGGGGGGAAACCCCAAACAAAACUGCCUAGCAUUCAGAUGAAUAUUUCUCCUACAAAUUUACACGCUUCAGUUCCAUUCUUUUGAAUUAAGCACAAAACCCCCGUAAGAUAGAGUUUCUGUUCUGCUUAAACUUUGAUGGCAAAGCCAGGUACUGAACAUUGAGAGUGAAACUUUCCUUUAAUA